AUGACAAGUGCUGAAGAACAUGUUGGGUCUCCUUUAAUCGUCAAGUUUGACCAAGAAGCCAUUCGAAGAGUAAUGGUUAAAAUGUUCAUAAACAUGGAGAUUCCUUUUCGGAAGGUCGAACAUGAGUCUUUUCAUGAAUUUAUGAGUCUCACUUCACCAAGAUUUCAGAUUUGUUCGCGCACAACAUUGGCACGUGAUGUCUUGAAACUGUGGGACACAGAAAACAUAAUUUAA